UUAUUCAAAAAAAUAUAUUCUUGCUAUAUUUCAAUAUUAAAUUCUAAAUCUUAUCCUAAAAACAUCUUUUAAAAAUCCAAAUCCAAAUCAAUCCACAUUUCUAUAAAGCCAUUGCAACCCAUAAAUGUAAUCUUAAAUUCCAUAUUUAUAUCUUAUUCUAGCUUUUCUUUCUGUUCCAAACGGGUUUCCAUAGUAAGGCCUCUAAGUCCGCAAAUAAACCUCCCUCCAUUUCUUGCCAUAACACAUAAAUCAGGGGAGAAUUUCCCAUUGUCCAUUUUAAUAGCCUAGUGAAAAAGCUGUAAUGAUUCUCAAUAGCUUGUGGUUGAAUAUCCAUCUUCAUCUUUUUUGAAGUUGCGUCUAGUUUAAUUACAGUCAUUUUUGAAUCAUCCAAAGUCUCAGUAUAUUGUCUAUAAAAUAAUGUAGAGUCUUCUUUAAUAUUAUUUUGCUCUCCUCCUAUUGGUUUUUUAUCUGUCAGGUAAUCAGUUGGAGUCUGGAGAUCAGCCUGCCCUUCUGGGGUAACAUCCUUAGUUUCCGUGCUAAAAGUCACGUGCUCAUUAGCAUCAAAAGUUUUUUCCGGUGUAGGUUGGUCGUCCUAAUGUAAGUUUAAUUCCUCCAUCUCAAUAAAUUGUGGAUAAGGUUGAAGACAGGUCUCUUGAGUAUAUACCCCUUCUGUAGUUUCUUGGCUUACAAAGUGCUCAAGAAUCAAUUCUUGAAGGGAAUAUUAUAAUACACCUCAUUUUGGCUACAAAAGUGUUUUAUGCAGCCUUUUGACACACAGUACUUAUUUUUCCUUCAGCAAUAAAUGGAGACUUAUUUUCUACGUAGUCUUCUAUCAAGCAAAGUUGUCACCUUUGCUGCUUUACUUUUUAAUUAGACAGAACAUAAAAUCUGCAUCUGGGACAGGAUCGCCAACAUUAUCGCCAACGUCUGAUAAUGGAUAUGGCACAAGAAGAAUUAUUUCCCUAAAAAAAUGUAACUCCUUUUGCGUCUUUGCAAACCUAUUCUAAUUUACAAUAGUGAUAAACUCCUUAAGGCUUAACGUACAAAUAAAAGCAGAUAAUGCAGGUUUCUUUUUAAGUGUUCUUUGAAAUCUAAAUCCUUCUGAGUAGCUGAGGCAAGAAAUAUAGGAAAAUUGAGCAGUUUCAUUUUCAUUUUUAAUGUGUGCCAAUGUGCCACAGGGGAAAAAAAAAGACAAUAAAGGUUAUCUUAUCUAUCUUAUCUAUUUAUGGUAGAAUUCUUAUAGGGUUCCGAACUUUUGAGAAAAUGCAUUGCUCCAAUACAAUUGGAAAUAGGUGAAACUGUACUGUAAGCUAUUAAUAAUUGUAUGCUUUGAGAUUGGAUAUAGUGAAUGUAGAAUUACUGUACAAUCAAAAAUGGUAGAAAGAAAUAGAAGAUAUUGGGAUAGACACAAGACUAUUUCUUUUUUCUUUUUUGCUUAAACAGAAGAAUCCAUUAACUUAUUUCAGCGAUCUUAUCUUUUUUAGAAGAUUAAGUACAUUAAAGGACUAAAUAAGGAAAUCAGGAAAUUGCUUCAAAUUUAAUCAUAAAUUUGCUAGGUAUAUUUAGUGUGGGUGUGAUUAAUUUUCUAAUCCUGGAAUUAGAAAAGUGAAAACAGGAGUUUUUAUUCAUUGGUCAGGAUAAGACAAAUUACAAAUUAUGUCAACGUGUCACUCAGACAUCAAUGUAGAAAGAAAUUAUUUGAUCUCUGCUCCCACUUUCCUUACCCCCCCCCAUCCAAUAUGCACAUAUUUGAUGUAUAUGUCACACAAGCACACCGGAAAAAAGUAUUUUAAUUAAUCUUUAAUUGUAUCGGAAGGCAAAGUAGUCGGUUGCCCUUACGGACAUGGCUCGUUUGCCUCCUUUUGCCAAAUACUCAAUGCAUCAGCAAAAUCCUAUCAGAUGCAAUGGAAUGCUUCGACUGAAGAUCUGCGAACCCGGAAAAAGAGAGAUACAUUUUUACCAACACGGGAUUCAGACCUGAUCGAAACUUGAACCCAGUUAUGAGCGGAGCCGAACCGGAGAAGUAACCAUCCGAUCCGCAAUCCCUCUCACGUGAGAUCUGACCCUUUGUGGAGACCGAAAGGCAAAGCUCUGCAAGCGCGCGCGCUCACUCCGCCCCCGCCUGCUCCCCCCACUCCCGCGCCCUCAGCUUCCAAGUCCGUCGCGCGCGAGCCUCUCCGCCAGCUUCCUUUCCGCGUUGACUCCUCCCUUCCCUUCCCGCUCUGUCCCACGGCUGACAUCACGCCCGGGGUUUCCAUCGGAUGAGGGAGGGGGAGGAGGCUGCGCUGAAUUGCUACGGCGGCAGCGUGAUGGCGGCGGCGGCGGCGGCCGGGAGGACUUAAAGCAACGGCGACGCACGCCUGCUUACCUCAGGCUUUUUUUUUAACCCAUUCCUUUCUCUCCUCCCCCGCCUCACUUUCUGAAGGAGUCGCGCUUCCUCCCACCCCCCCCCGCCUCUUUUGGGGGCAAACCAAGCGAGAGGGCCGGGAAGAGGCAAGGAGAGAGUGAGGAGAUCCAGGCCGGCCCGGGAGCGCCUCUUUCUCCGCCGCCUCAGCCCCUUUUUUUAGGGCCCUACUGCAGUGCUCUCAGCCGCUUCUUCGCCACGCUGUUCUUCCAGAGAGGCCCAGGCAGGUCUGGCGACGCUCAGGUAACUUAUGCAAGAAUCAUGAAUUGCUGAACAUAGUGAAAUAUCUGAAGCACAAAGAAGAGAGCCUUCUAAAAAGACAUUUUAUAUCCUGGUUACAGGCUGGGAUAACUUUUAUUUAUAUUUUUAUCUUGGUGAAUAUUUACAAUGAAUGGGCACAGUGAUGAAGAAAGCACAAGGAACACUAGUGGAGAAUCAAGCCAAUCAGAUGAUGAUUCUGGAUCAGCAUCUGGAUCUGGAUCUGGUUCAAGUUCUGGAAGCAGCAGCAAUGGAAGUAGUAGCCGAUCAGGAAGCAGUGAUUCAGAUUCUGGUUCAGAGUCUGGCAGUCAAUCAGAAUCAGAGUCUGACACAUCCAAGGAAAAGAAAGUUCAAGCUAAACAUCCAAAGGUUGAUGGAGCUGAGUUUUGGAAAUCAAAUCCAAGCAUUCUUGCUGUACAGAGGUCUGCAAUGCUCAGGAAACAGCAACAGCAGUCAAAAGCAGCAUCCAUAAAUAGUGGAUCAGAAGAGGAAUCAUCAAGUAGUGAGGAUUCUGGAGAUGACUCAUCCAAUGAAAUCAAGAGGAAGAAACAUAAAGAUGAAGAUUGGCAAAUGUCUGGAUCAGGAUCUGUUUCGGGAACAGCUUCAGAUUCUGAUAUGGAAGAAAGCAGAGAUAAAAGUAGUUGUGAAGAGAGUGAAUCUGAUUAUGAACCAAAAAAUAAAGUCAAAAGCAGGAAGCCUCCAAGUAGAAUAAAACAAAAAAGUGGAAAGAAAACUGCAGUGCAGAAAAAAAGACAACUUGACUCGUCAUCAUCAUCACCAUCAGAUGAUGAUGAUUAUGAUAAAAGAGGUUCUCGCCGCCAGGCAACAGUAAAUGUUAGUUAUAAAGAAGCUGAAGAAGCAAAGACAGAUUCAGAUGAUCUCCUGGAAGUCUGUGGAGAAGAUGUUCCACAGCCUGAAGAAGAUGAAUUUGAAACAAUUGAAAAAUUUAUGGAUAGUCGCGUUGGACGAAAAGGAGCAACUGGUGCUACAACCACUAUCUAUGCAGUUGAAGCUGAUGGAGAUCCAAAUGCAGGACAUGAUAAAUCAAAAGAAUCUGGUGAUAUGCAGUAUUUGAUUAAAUGGAAAGGUUGGUCCCAUAUUCAUAAUACCUGGGAAACUGAAGAAACUCUAAAGCAGCAGAAUGUUAGAGGAAUGAAGAAACUGGACAACUAUAAGAAAAAGGAUCAGGAAACUAAGCGUUGGCUGAAAAAUGCUUCUCCAGAAGAUGUAGAAUAUUACAACUGUCAGCAAGAGCUUACUGAUGACUUGCAUAAGCAGUAUCAAAUUGUAGAGAGAAUUAUUGCCCAUUCUAAUCAGAAGUCAGCAGCAGGCUAUCCAGAUUAUUAUUGUAAAUGGCAAGGUCUCCCUUACUCAGAGUGCAGCUGGGAAGAUGGAGCUCUCAUUGCAAAAAAGUUCCAGUCACGCAUUGAUGAGUAUUUUAGUAGAAAUCAGUCAAAGACUACUCCAUUUAAAGAUUGUAAGGUUUUGAAGCAAAGACCAAGAUUUGUAGCUUUAAAGAAACAACCUAAUUACAUUGGAGGUCAUGAAAACUUAGAGUUAAGAGAUUAUCAAUUAAAUGGACUAAAUUGGUUAGCCCAUUCAUGGUGCAAGGGAAAUAGCUGUAUUCUUGCUGAUGAAAUGGGUUUGGGCAAAACGAUACAAACCAUCUCCUUUUUGAAUUACUUAUUUCAUGAACAUCAGUUGUAUGGACCCUUCUUGCUGGUAGUACCUCUUUCCACCCUGACAUCUUGGCAAAGAGAAAUCGAGACAUGGGCUCCCCAGAUGAAUGCUGUAGUUUAUUUGGGAGAUAUUACCAGUAGAAAUGUGAUAAGAACACAUGAAUGGAUGCAUCCACAGACCAAACGAUUAAAGUUUAAUAUCUUAUUGACAACUUAUGAAAUUCUACUGAAAGAUAAGUCAUUCCUUGGAGGCUUAAAUUGGGCCUUUAUAGGAGUAGAUGAAGCCCAUCGAUUAAAAAAUGAUGACUCCCUCUUAUAUAAGACAUUAAUAGACUUCAAAUCUAAUCAUCGCCUUCUUAUCACUGGAACACCUCUACAAAACUCCCUGAAAGAGCUGUGGUCCCUGCUUCAUUUCAUCAUGCCAGAAAAAUUCUCUUCUUGGGAAGAUUUUGAAGAAGAACAUGGGAAAGGAAGGGAAUUUGGUUAUGCAAGUCUUCACAAAGAACUUGAACCAUUUCUGUUGAGGAGAGUUAAGAAAGAUGUAGAAAAAUCUCUACCUGCCAAGGUUGAACAAAUUUUAAGAAUGGAAAUGAGUGCAUUGCAAAAGCAGUAUUACAAGUGGAUUUUAACAAGGAAUUACAAAGCCCUAAGUAAGGGAUCAAAAGGCAGCACUUCAGGCUUUCUGAAUAUCAUGAUGGAACUCAAAAAGUGUUGUAAUCAUUGCUACCUCAUUAAGCCACCAGAUGAUAAUGAAUUCUAUAAUAAACAGGAGGCCUUACAGAACUUAAUCCGGAGUAGCGGGAAGCUAAUUCUUUUAGACAAGCUGCUGAUUCGCUUACGAGAGCGUGGCAGUAGAGUACUUAUAUUCUCUCAGAUGGUGCGGAUGCUGGACAUCUUAGCUGAAUAUUUGAAAUAUCGUCAGUUUCCCUUUCAAAGACUAGAUGGGUCAAUAAAAGGAGAACUGAGAAAACAAGCACUGGAUCAUUUUAAUGCAGAAGCCUCUGAGGAUUUUUGCUUUUUACUGUCUACAAGAGCUGGAGGUCUAGGUAUAAACUUAGCAUCUGCUGAUACUGUUGUUAUAUUUGAUUCUGACUGGAACCCUCAAAAUGAUCUGCAAGCUCAGGCUAGAGCACACAGAAUUGGACAAAAAAAACAGGUUAACAUUUAUCGUUUAGUGACCAAAGGAUCAGUGGAAGAAGACAUUUUGGAGAGAGCCAAGAAGAAAAUGGUUUUAGAUCAUCUAGUUAUUCAGAGAAUGGACACUACAGGAAAAACUGUAUUACAUACAGGCUCUGCACCCUCUAGCUCUGCUCCUUUUAACAAAGAGGAACUGUCAGCUAUUCUAAAGUUUGGUGCUGAGGAACUUUUCAAAGAACCAGAAGGGGAAGAACAGGAACCACAGGAAAUGGACAUAGAUGAAAUAUUGAAUAGAGCUGAAACACGGGAAAAUGAAACUGGACCAUUAAGUGUGGGAGAUGAAUUGCUUUCUCAGUUUAAGGUGGCCAAUUUUUCCAAUAUGGAUGAAGAUGACAUUGAAUUGGAGCCUGAACAAAAUUCAAGAAACUGGGAAGAAAUAAUUCCAGAGGUCCAGAGACGGAGAUUAGAAGAAGAAGAAAGACAAAAGGAAUUGGAAGAAAUUUAUAUGCUUCCAAGAAUGAGAAACUGUGCAAAACAAAUAAGUUUUAAUGGAAAUGAAGGAAGACGUUGUAGGAAUAGAAGAUAUUCUGGAUCAGAUAGUGACUCUGUCUCAGAAAGAAAACGACCAAAAAAACGUGGAAGACCACGGACCAUUCCCCGGGAAAACAUUAAAGGAUUUAGUGAUGCAGAGAUUCGGAGGUUUAUCAAAAGUUACAAGAAAUUUGGGGGGCCUCUUGAAAGAUUAGAUGCCAUAGCUAGAGAUGCUGAAUUAGUGGAUAAAUCUGAGAUAGAUCUCCGGCGGCUUGGAGAGCUUGUACAUAAUGGAUGCUUCAAAGCUUUGAAAGACAACUCAUCUGGACAAGAAAGAGCAGGAGGUAGGCUUGGAAAAGUUAAAGGCCCAACAUUCCGAAUAUCAGGGGUACAAGUAAAUGCAAAAUUGGUCAUCUCACAUGAAGAAGAGCUGGCACCAUUACAUAAAUCCAUUCCUUCAGAUCCAGAGGAAAGGAAGAGAUACACCAUUCCUUGUCACACUAAGGCUGCUCAUUUUGAUAUGGAUUGGGGUAGGGAGGAUGAUUCCAACCUUCUAAUAGGCAUUUAUGAGUAUGGAUAUGGUAGCUGGGAAAUGAUAAAAAUGGACCCAGAUCUCAACUUGACACACAAGAUUCUGCCAGAUGAUCCAGAUAAGAAACCCCAAGCCAAGCAAUUGCAGACCCGUGCAGACUACCUCAUAAAAUUAUUAAAUAAGGACAUCGCAAGAAAAGAAGCACAAAGACUUUCUGGAAUAGGAGGUUCAAAGAGAAGAAAGAUAAGAAUGAAAAAAAGCAAGACCAUAAAAGCAAUAAAAAUGAAAGAGGAGUUAAAGAGUGACACAUCACCACCACCUUCAGAUAAGUCUGAUGAAGAGGAAGAAGAUAGCAAGGAUGAAAUGGUUUCAUUGAAAAAUCCAAGUAAGAUAAAAAUGGAAAAAGAAAAUGAAGAAAAUCUUGAUGCAGAUAUUGCUUUGAAAAAGCAGGCUGAUGAAAAAAGAGAAACUAAGGAAAAUAAAAAGGAACUAAAAAGGGAGAAAAAAGAAAAGGAGGACAAGAAGGAGAUGAAAGAAAAAGAUAUGAAAGAAAAGAGGGAAAGCAAAGGAAAGGAAUAUACCCACAAAGAAAAAGAAGUUAAAGAAGAAAAGACAAAUGAUUAUAAAUCUGACAGCAAAGACAAAAUAAAGAAAACUCCUUCAGCAGACACACCUGUUCAUAUAACAGCAAGCAGUGAACCGGUUCCUAUAUCAGAAGAUUCAGAAGAGUUGGAUCAGAAAACCUUCAGUAUAUGCAAAGAAAGAAUGAGGCCUGUCAAAGCAGCAUUGAAACAACUGGAUAGGCCAGAGAAAGGUCUUUCAGAAAGGGAACAACUAGAACAUACUAGACAGUGUCUCAUAAAAAUUGGAGACCAUAUAACAGAGUGUCUAAAAGAAUACACAAAUCCUGAACAAAUUAAACAGUGGAGAAAGAAUUUGUGGAUUUUUGUUUCCAAAUUUACUGAAUUUGAUGCCAGAAAACUACACAAAUUGUACAAACAUGCAAUUAAAAAGCGCCAGGAAACACAGUAUAAUGAACAGAAUAUCAAUAGCUGUGUGAACACAAAUUUGAUUAGAAAUCCAGAUGUGGAACGGUUAAAAGAGAACACAAAUCAUGAUGACAGUAGUAGGGACAGUUAUUCCUCUGAUAGAUACUUAUCACAGUAUCAUGAUCAUCACAAAGACAGACUUCAUGGAGAUUCUUACAAAAAAAGUGAUUCAAGAAAAAGGCCUUAUUCCACUUUCAGCAAUGGAAAAGAUCAUAGAGAUUGGGAUCACUAUAAACAGGAUAAUAGAUACUACAGUGAUAGUAAACAUAGAAAGUUAGAUGAUCACAGAAAUAGAGAUCACAGAUUGAAUCUGGAAGGAGGAUUUAAAGACAGCCGAUCACAUUUAGAUCACCGGAUACACUUAGAUCAUCGAUCCAGUUCAGACUACAGUCAUCAUAAAUCUUCAAGAGAUUAUAGGUAUCACUCAGACUGGCAAAUGGACCACAGAGCUUCCAGUAGUGGGCCCAGGUCACCAUUAGAUCAACGGUCACCUUAUGAUUCUCGAUCUCCUUUAGGACAUAGAUCUCCUUUUGACCAUUCAACAGAUCACAAAAGUACACCAGAACAUAUGUGGAGUAAUCGGAAAACAUAG